GGUAUGGCCAUAAAUGUAGGUUCCUCUCGUGCGAGUCCCCUUUUCAAUUGUAUGGCUGAAAUCAUUCGAAGAUUACCUGGUUGCUUGAUGCUUGCAGGUAUUACUGUGGGGUUGCGAUCGGUGAUCACCAAGCAUUUUGCCAGUGGCAUUGGGAUAACUUUGUGUUUUAGGAGGAACUCCAUCCCAAGUAUCACGUCAAAGUCGUCCAUGCGAACAACGACAAGGUCUAGCUCUCCUGUCCAAUCCCCUAUUUUGAAGGAGACUCUUUUGGAAACUCCCACAAUAGGCAAGGCCUCAGAGUUGACAGCUUUCAUUUUUCCCGGGUCCUUCCCUAUGGUGAGUCCCAAUCUUCGGGCUUCUUGAUUGGCGAUGAAGUUGUGGGUCGCUCCUGAGUCUAUCAGAGUGCUCUUGCUCGGUCGAGAAUUUAUUGUCGCAUCUACGAACAUGAGCCCUUUCUCUAUUAUCUCCUUCGAUUCGACCUUCUGUUGGAGGGCUAACAAGAAAUUAAGCGCGCCCAUUCGGGGAUUGUCUUGAUCUUCCUUCUUGUCUAACAUAGUCUCGACCCUUGCGUCAUUGCUCUCUUGAAUGGACACUUGGAGCGCAGUGAGAGAGGCCCGAUGAGGACAGUAGGAUACUUUGUGGGGACCUUUACACAGCAUGCAUUGUAAAGGCGUCGUCGGGUGGUUCCUAUGAUGGUAAGGUCCUCGAGAUGUCCCCGCUUGGUUGUUCUGAGGAGGUCUAUCCGUCCAUCCGCUUAGUCUGUCGUUACCUCUGUUCGGUCUGUUGGGGCUUCCAUUUCGAUGACCUGGUGGCUUGUAUGUUUUGCCCCCAGUGUUUGGGGCCGGUGUCGUUCUUCUUUGGGAUCCCGCUUCGUUCCCAUAGUCUAGGAGUCUCUCGGCGCAGGCCAUUGCGGCAGCUAGGGUUUGGACCUUGUUCUCAUGUAGCUUUGUCUUGGU